UCCCAGCAGCCCAGCCCUUCAAACCCAGAUCUGCCUAGGACGACCCACCUGCUGGGUGCCACCGACAAGUCUUUGCCCCAGGAUGGGGACCAUGUCCAGAGCAGCCUUGGUCUUGGCCUGUCUGGCUGUUACUUCUGUAGCCUCUGAGGGAGGCUCCAAGUCUCCAGGGCAGAGGGAGGUGGGCCCAGAGCCCCUCACCUACCACAUUCAAGAAGUUGGCUAUGCAGCACCCCCCUCCCCACCCGGGACCCAAGCCCUCCCCAUGGACCACCCUGACACCCAUCAGCAUGGCUCUGACUUUGAGGGACAGGGUGAAGUGCAGCCCCCUCGCUCUCUGGAAGCCAUCCCUGUCCAAGAGGAGGAGUUGCCUCCUCCCCAACUCCCUGUGGAAAACAAAGUGGACCCCCAUUUCCCUCAGGAAGCCAUCCCCCUCCAAGAGGAGCUGCCCCCUCCCCAGAACCCUGUUGAGCAGAAGGAAAAAAAGCCAGCUCCUUUCAUGGAUCGUAGGCCCCCUGAGCCUGAGUCUUGGAAUCCAGCCCUGCACUGCCAGCAGGGCCGAUCCCGAGGGGGCUGGGGCCACCGGCUGGAUGGCUUCCCCCCUGGGCGGCCUUCUCCAGACAAUUUGGACCAGAUCUGCCUUCCUAAUCGUCAGCAUGUGGUGUAUGGCCCUUGGAACCUGCCACAGUCUGGCUUCUCCCACCUUACACGCCAGGGUGAGACCCUCAAUUUGCUGGAGACUGGAUAUUCCCGCUGCUGCCGCUGUCACAACCACACAAACCGCUUGGACUGUGCAAAACUCGUGUGGGAGGACGCAAUGACCCGAUUCUGUGAGGCCGAGUUCUCGGUCAAGACCCGACCCCACUGGUGCUGCAAACAGCAGGGGGAGGCUCGAUUCUCCUGCUUCCAGGAGGAAGCUCCCCGGCCACACUACCAGCUCCGGGCCUGCCCCAGCCACCAGCCUGGUAUCUCCUCGGGCCCCGAGCUGCCUUUCCCCCCUGGGGUACCCACACUGGACAAUGUCAAGAACAUCUGCCACCUAAGACGCUUCCGUUCUGUGCCACGCAACCUCCCAGCUACUGACCCCAUCCAAAGACAGCUGCAGGCAUUGACCUGGCUAGAGGGGGAGUUCCAGCGCUGCUGCCGGCAGGGGAACAACCACACCUGUACAUGGAAGGCCUGGGAGGAUGCCCUUGAUGGAUACUGUGAUCAGGAACAGUCUGUCAAGACCCACCACCACUUGUGUUGCCACUACCCUCCUAGCCCUGCCCGUGAUGAGUGCUUUGCCCAUCGGGCUCCCUACCCCAACUAUGACCGGGACAUCUUGACCCUAGACCUCAGCCGAGUUACCCCCAACCUCAUGGGCCAUCUCUGCGGAAAUGGAAGAGUUCUCAGCAAGCAUAAACAAAUUCCUGGGCUGAUCCGGAACAUGACUGCCCACUGCUGUGACCUGCCGUUUCCAGAGCAGGCCUGCUGUGCUGAGGAGGAGAAGUUGGCCUUCAUUGAGGAUCUGUGUGGUCCCCGACAUAAUUUCUGGCGAGACUCUGCCCUCUGCUGUAACCUGAAUCCUGGAGAUGAACAGACCAACUGCUUCAACACUUACUAUCUGAGGAAUGUGGCUCUAGUGGCUGGAGACAGUGGGGAUGACAAGGGCCAGGGCAAGCAGGGCCAACUCGGAAGAAGUAUCAGCCCCACCCCAGAGCCCAAGGAAGAGUGAGUCACCCCAGAGCCUUGGAGGAUCAGAUUGGGGGAACCCCACCCUCCUUGAGCACUCAUUACAGUAAACACCUCU